AUGGUGAUUUUUGAAGAACACCAGCACCUUCCAGGUAACAUACUGCGUGGCUCCUUCUGUCUCCACAGCCAGAUUGUUGCAAGAGGACUCCUGGGCGUCUUCAGGGACUUCAGCCAUCAUGACGAGGACACCCUAGCAGUCCUGGAGGUGGCAGUCCAGAUGUCAGAAGAUGCAGAGCCCACUGUGCGGAUGGAGCUGAUGGAGCAAAUCCCUCCUGUGGUUGCUGUCUUACAAGAAGGCAGGCUGCAUGUCCCUGCGCUGGUCUCCCAGUACUUCAUGCCUGUUAUAGCGCGGUACCUCGAGGACCCAGAUAACCAGGUCAGAAAAUCCAGCCAGGAAGUGCUACUGGCCCUUCUGGAGCAAGGUCUGAUUUCCCACUGUGACAUCGAAGGCAAAGUAUGUCCCAUCCUGCUAGAGCGGUCUGCUCCUGACCGAGAUGACGACUGCAGAGCAGAAGCUCUGAGCAUCAUCUGCAGAAUGGCGUCCAGGCUGCCCAAGAGCAUGGUUGAGCGUCUGCUGCUGCCUCGAUUCUGUGAGCUGUGUGGCAACGGGAAACUCUUCCAAGUUCGGAAGGUGUGCGCCACACAUUUUGGCGAUAUUUGUCAUGCAGUUGGACAAGAAGCCACUGAGAAAUUUUUGAUCCCCAAAUUUUUUGAGCUCUGCUCAGAUAACAUGUGGGGGAUGCGGAAAGCGUGUGCAGAGUGCUUCACGGCCGUGUCCUACAGCACCUCCCCUGAGGUCCGCAGGGCCCAGCUCUCACCUGUCUUCAUCAAACUCAUCAGUGAUCCCUGUCGAUGGGUGCGUCAAGCUGCCUUUCAGUCACUCGGCCCCUUUAUAUCCACGUUUGCAAACCCAUCCCGGGUCGGCUUGUACAUUCGGGAGGAUGGCACCCUGAGCAUCAGGCCACCAAGCCAAGAGGUGGCGCUUGACUUUGCCUCUGGGUCACCCAGGCCCAGCAGUUGCAGUGCCACCUUAGCCGGUUCUAAAACUCCUGUGCAUGUGGAGCCAGCUCUGCUUCCAGAGGGACCCUCAACCGAGACCACCCACAGCAGCUCUUCCACAGACCCCACAGAAAGCCAGCAGAAGGGCCAUUCCUCAGCCAGGGCUGAAAUGGCUGGGACUUCUCCAGAGCUCCCCAGUGUCAGUGGUGGCCUCAGCAGCAGUUCCUCUGAAGCAGGCCCCGGGACUUGCAAGGACAUGUUCAGCACUUUCCUGUAUUGGCGAACUCCUCUGCCUGACAUAAGCAAAGAUGUGGAGGUGUUUCUGAGUAAGGCGGGGCCACAAAAGGAGAGCCCUGGUGGGCCUGAGGCUGCGUGUGACAGCUGUGUGGCCAGGAGUGAGAUCCAGAGAGUCCUGCAGAGUUUGCAGGGUCAUCUGCUGCAUGACCCCGACAUUGAAGCUCAAGUUCAGGUAUUAUCUGCUGCACUAAGAGCAUCACAGCUCGACUCCACUAGUGAACCCGAGAGCAAGCAGACAGAAGGUCGAAACGGAGAGUCCGUUUCAGAUCCCAGCCCUGCCUCUGACAAUCACAUCCUCCUGUCAGCUUCAUCAUCUCAGAAUGAGCUCUCUGCGGCCAGGAUAUUACAGAGCACAGAUCCAACUGAGCCUCAAAGUCAAGCCAAUGGCCCUCUGGAGACGGAGCAGGGGCAGGACCCCACUGCGCUCGAGGAAGAAAAACCUAAAGUGCAGGAUAUAAUCCCUCAGCCUCUGCUUGACCAGUUCGUGUCCAUGACUGACCCAGCUAGAGCCCAGACCGUAGACACUGACAUAGCCAAGCACUGUGCCUACAGCCUUCCUGGAGUAGCCCUGACCCUCGGCCGGCAGAACUGGCACUGCCUGAAGGACACAUAUGAAACACUGGCUUCUGAUGUGCAGUGGAAGGUCCGGCGGACACUUGCCUUCUCCAUUCAUGAGCUGGCAGUGAUUCUUGGGGACCAAUUGACAGCAGCUGACCUGGUGCCCAUCUUCAGUGGGUUUUUAAAGGAUCUGGACGAAGUGCGUGUAGGAGUCCUUAAACACCUGUAUGACUUCCUAAAGUUGCUCCAUGAGGACAGGAGGAGAGAGCACCUAUGUCAGCUGCAGGAGUUCGUGGUCGCUGGCAGCAGCAGGAACUGGAGGCUUCGACAUGAGCUAGCAGAGCAGCUGAUCCUGAUCUUGGAUCUCUAUGACCCCAGCGACGUUCACAGUUACCUGAGGCCUGUUGCCCUGAGGUUGUGCGCAGACAAAGUUUCUCAAGUCCGCUGGAUUUCCUUCAAGCUAGUGGUGGCAAUGCUGCGAAAGUUCCAUUGCCAUGGUGCACGUGCUCUGGGGCUCAGUUUCAUCCAGGAGCUCAUCUCCAGGUUCCGGCACUGCCCUAAGUGGGUUGGAAGGCAGGCUUUUGCCUGCAUCUGUCAGGCUGUGGCGAGUGAAGAAGCUGUCCCCGUGGACGAGUUUGUGGAACACCUGCUUCCCAGCCUCCUGAGCCUGGCGUCUGACCCUGUGCCAAAUGUGAGGGUUCUUCUGGCCAAGACCCUGCGACAGACACUGCUGGAAAAGGCAUAUUUUAGAAAUGCUGGGAACCAUCAUCUUGAAGUUGUUGAAGAGACUCUCUUGGCUCUGCAGUCUGACCGGGACCAAGAUGUUUCAUUCUUUGCUUCCUUGGAACCAAAGAUGCCAAAUGCUGCAGACACCUCUAUACUGGAGAACUAGAACUCGCACCCUGGGGCGGGUGCAUGGGGAUGACCCAAUGCAC